UCUUGGGCCAUCUUAUUUAAGUCAGAAACUAGCUCUGAGCUUUAGCAAAACUGAGUUUUAAAAAGCAUUUUGUAAAAUCAAAAAAAUACCAAAAUGCUUCAAAAACCCAAACCAAAGUCAAACUAAAUAAUUAGGGAUAACAGAUUAGAGAGUAUAUUAUGAAUGCAGUUGUGGUGUGGGUUUGGCUAAAGGCCAUAAAAAGCUGGCUUGCCUCCUGGUUGCUUAACAGUCAACAUGGGCGUGGCUUUUCCAGGAAACCGAGAGUGAAAGAGCAAAACAGCAGCAGAGAGAGGCUGCAGCCAUGGCAUCGCCUUCAUACUCUGAAGACCUGAAUUGUUCUCUCUGUCUGACCCUCUUCAACAGCCCGGUGGUUCUCCCAUGCGGACACUCCUUCUGCAGCCCGUGCAUCACAGAGGCGCUGAGCGCACGGCAGCAGUGUCCUCUGUGUAGCUCUGCUGUUGCAGCUGAAGAAGCAAAAUGUCUUCCUGCCAACCUGAUCCUGAAGAGCCUCGUGGAAAAGGCCCAGCGAGGAGACCAGGCAGCAAAGGCGGCCGGGAUGUGCCCUGAGCACGAAGAAAAGUUCAAACUCUUCUGCCUCACAGACCUGCAACUGGCCUGCAUCAUAUGCAGAGAUGGGGAAAAACAUGAAGGACACAAGUUCAAACCCAUCAAAGAAGCUGCGCAGUCACUGAGGAGCGAUUUGGAGACGUUUCUCCAAAGAGCUGCUGAGGACAUCAACGCCACCGAACAACUCACCAAAGCUCAGAGGGAAAAUAUAAAAGAAACCAGAGAGAAGUCUAAGCAGCUGAUGGUCCAGAUCAGUCGACAGUUUCAGGAGAUGCACCAGUUUUUGAGAAAGAGAGAAGAUGAGAUAAAUAAUGAGCUGAAAUGCCAAGAGGCAGACGCAGUGGAGAAAAUGAUGGAGGCAUUGACCACGAUGGAAACAGCUCUGUGUGAGAGCAAAGAGCUGGAAAGCAAAGCGGCCUCAGCCCUGAAGAUCACUGACCCAGAGAAGUUCCUGAGGACAUGGACUGAAGGUGGAAGCCCAAUGACUCGAGAGAGCUUAUUCAAAUCCAGAGCCAACACGCUCCAGGUGGUGAACAGGGCUUUGAGCUUGGAGCAGUAUGAAAGCCACCUGCAGCUCUUCAUGUGGAAGGAGAUGCUUCAGGUGAUCUCACCUCGAGAAGAACGCCUCACUCUCAAAAGCAGCAGUCCUAACGUUUCUGUGAGCGAUGACGGCCGGAGUGUUUUUUGUGCAGGGGCUUUAAACCAGCCCCGGAGUGGGGUUUCAUUUGGAGGAUCACAAUCAGCACAAGCAUUUUCUUUUGGAGUAUCACAAUCAGCUUUUGGGACACAAAACAGGGAUUUAUAUGGAACUCCAGCUUUUGAAACAGCUAGUAAUACCACUGGUUUUUGGAAUUUUUUCACAGAAUCACCCUCCAAAUAUUCCACCCUCAGCACCACUGAGUUCAUCACUGGCCAGCACUACUGGGAAAUAAACGUCGGAAACAGAGAUUUCUGGGAAGUUGGAAUCAAUAACAACUUUCUUCAGUACAAACAGCAAAAAUAUGCAGCUUGUUAUCCAGAUAGAAUCCAGGAGCUAGCAUUGGAGAACAAACCUAAAAAGAUCGGCAUUUACUUGAACUUGUCCUCCAACAAGCUGAUUUUCUUCAAUGCAGGCAACAUGACAAAGAUCCACAGCAGGAGCCUAGCUGUCAUGUCUGAGCCGGUAUCUGCGUACAUUAGCAUGACACACAGAAACCCAGACUACAGUCCUCUGACCGUCUGCUGGUUCUGAGCAGGAAACCUUGUUCUGCAUUUACCAUUAUCAUAAGGAAGACAAAAUAGAAACCUUUGUCAUAAAGUAUUUUUGUUUUACUUUUAUUUAUCUCUAUGUCUCUAUCUAUGUUUAUGUCUCUAUAUUUAUAUCUUUAAUUUUUUCCCUUUUUUUCUUGAUUGACAGGUGGUGGUGGUGUGGGGGGUGGGGUUUAAUAAAACGUUCCUUUACUUAAAUUUCUUCUUAUUUUUUGGCACAUCGUUGGACUGGAAGAAGUAAAGUCCAGUCAAAAUGUAACAAAAUGUUUUUUUUGUUUUAGGAUUCCACACAUUUGUUUAUGUAUCUUCUUUCUGUUGCCAUAAAAUAAGCAGAUGGCAGACAUGUUCCUGAUUGGAUGAAAUGAAUCUGAAGUGUGUUUACUUUUGUAUGUGUUUUUUUU